GGGGUACAAGGUCAUGCCGCAUCCACUAAUAUCCAUCCGUGCCCCAAAUUCAGUCAUCCACCCCUCCCAUGCAAGCUCACAGGCCACACAUCCACAUCCAUCCACAUACACACAACGAAACGCCAUUCAUCCAUACCACUCAAGGCCAAAUACUAUGCCACACCCACUAACAUCCACACACACGCAAAAGCAAGCACUCCACAAUUCCCACACUCAUCCACAUCCACAAUCAUCCACAUACACUCAAAGAAACACCCCUCACCUCAUCCAUACAUACUCCAGCAAUAUUCCACACCCACUCCACCGUGUCCUAGCAUCGCACACGCACUCACAAACGCAUUCAUACGCACACUCGAACUCUCAAACCGCAAGUGGAGUCAGAUAUCAAAGUCCACUACAAUACCACUCCACACACACGCGCCAAGUUAGAGAGUCAUCCCACCACCGCCAAGUCCACCCACAGGAAGGGGAAUUCAUGCAUCCACAAGCGGGUGUUGACAUAUCCGCCCCUAGGUUCCUGCACGGGGUAAGGCAAGGCCGUGGCGGAGACCAGGCACAGAGGGAGGAAGAGAGGGAGAGGAACCAACUGCUAAGGGAAUGUAGCAAGACCAAAGCUGGAAGAAAAUGGCAGGAAGAAGAUACGGCCGCGUCAUGGUGUCCCUCAGGAACCACCGUAAGCUGGACUUCCUGCUGGGGGACGUGGACCUCAGCCUGGUUGUGACUCGCUCCCGCAGCUCCCACGGCCAGCACUUCCUCGGCGUGUACCUCGAGAGACGCUCAAUGCUGUCUCCGAACACCACCGGUAUCAUAGGCCAGUUUGUUUACAAGACUGUGGGCACCGUGGGGCGGGAGCGGCCGGGGACCACCAAUGCCACCGACCCCAACUCCAGCGUUCGUCUGGCAGUGGUGCAGCCCGGCCCGGAGCGCACGUAUCAGGUUUCGGAGGUGAACGCCUUCCUGUCCAGCCGGCGAUCACUGCUGCACAAGACUCAGGUCAGCUGUCUCUACAUCAAGGACCAGGGGCGCGGGCUGGUGGCAGGGGCGCCUAGUGACUACCUCCGCCCCUGCCUCGCCUGCUGAUCCUGGGAGAGGCGGCCUGGGGAUUUAGCAACGGAUCUAAUGUAGAAGUUAAUCUCUCCUUUCAAAAUAAUGUAGAUAUAAUGUUUCCCCUUUCACUCUACGUGGAAAGUAAUCUCUUCAACCAGCCUAGCGUGGAAAUAAUCUCUCUCUCUCUCUCUCUCUCAUUAAAUGUAACGUAGAAAGUCUUUCGUGUCAAAGCCAGCGUGGAUGUAGUCUUUCCUAAGAGAUUCAGUGUGGAAAGUAAGCUCUCUCAUCAGACUCAACACGAGUUACAUUUCCUUGCAUCAAGUAACGUGUGAUCAUUUUCCGUUGCUUCAGACAGAAAGUGAGGAAGCAAAAAAAAUAAUUCUCUGCAUCAGAUAGUGCAUUUUUUUUUUUUCCAGAUUCAAUGCGUAAAAAUAACAUCCUCUUCCACCAGACACGUAAAAGGAACAUUCCCUUUCACCAAACAAAGACGUAAAACAUUCCAUCCCGCCAAUCACAAUGCCAAAGUCACACUCCUUUACACCAAACACGUAAAAAAAAAAAAAAAAAAAGUUCCCUUGCUCGACCCAUUGCGAGAACAGCCUUUCCUAUCAAACGACCCGAAAACCAGUACCAAAAAAAAAAAAAAAAAAGCAACACUCCAUUACACCAAACACACGAAACACAUUCCACAUUGCCCUGAAUGAAACACAACCCUCAAAGCAUUCUCUCCCUUCAAAAACACCGACAAUGACAUUCCCUCACGCCAACCAUGAAACGUCAAACCCUCUUGCGCCACCACCACCACCACCACCACCAUUAACCCUUUCACUACUAGCCGAUAUUUUCCAUCAUCAUUUACCACCUUUAUAGUAUUUUCUUUUCCACACUCGUCUCUAAAAUUAAGUAAAGACAAAAUUAACGUCAGUCUUUUUUCUCUCUUUGUCCAUCCAAACAUUUUACUACAGUGAUCUUAAUGGUAACAAAAGACGGUCGUAGCGGUGAAAGGGUUAACAGAAAGACGCAUGUAAAGACGAAGUAGUGGUGACUGGAACGAGUGAAUGGAAAUUUAUCUGGCGUAUAGGGAGACGUGCAUUACUGGAACUGUAUACAUGGUAGAGGCCGUAAUGUUGCUGGACCUACGUUAUUGUAUUUGAUUGUAUUCUAUUUUUUGUAUAUAUUUGUCAUUUCGUCCUGUUUUGAUUUCAUUUUAUAUUUUGUUAACGUUAUUUUUUAUUUUUUUUUCGUAGAUGUGUUAUUUAUUUAUUUUUUUGUUUUCUUUUUCUGUACAUCUGUUGUUUUUACCUUAUUUCAAUUUUUACGUGAUAUUAUAUUGUUUUAUAUUUCUUGUACAGUUUAUUCCACCUCAUUUUCAUUUGUACACACGUUAUUUUAUUUCGUUUUUAUUUAUGUGUUAUUUCAUCUCAUUUUAUUUUAUUUCCAUCAAGUGUUUCGAGUCGCAACAUCUCCCGUGGCUGUGUGUUGCCAAUCGCUGCGCAGACCUCACUCAGUAGCACUCUCCCCCUCCUUCGUUUUUCUUUUUUCUUCCUCUUUUUUCCUUCCUUUAUUUCUUGUAUCUAAACCGCAUCCGCCAUUUUUAUAUAUAUAUUUUAUUUUUUCUAGCAGGAAUGUUCCGGAGUUUUUAUUUAUUUAGUUUUUAUUUAUUUUUUUUCACAUGAGUACUUUUGGCGUUUCGAAACAAAUUCCUCCGCGAGAUAUUUUUGUAUUUAUUCUUUUGUUACGCUUUGUGAAAUUCCCAUGCUCUCUCUCUCUCUCUCUCUCUCUCUCUCUCUCUCUCUCUCUCUCUCUCUCUCUCUCUCUCUCUCUCUCUCUCUCUCUCUCUCUCUCUCUCUCUCUCUCUCUCUCUCACCACUUCUCGCAGUCAUCCACCCACCUACACACACACACACACACACACACACACACACACACACACACACACACACACACACACACACACACACACACACACACACACACACACACACACCUACCUUUCCCUCAAUAAUUUCUCUCUCUCCCUUAUUAAUCCCCUCCCCCCACCUUCAGUUAAUCCACACAAGCCCCGAACCUUCUGAGCAUCCUCACAAGCCAGGCGCCCACACAACGCACCCUGCGCACCUUACCUCCCUGCCUAAUCAAGACGCUGUAUUAAAUCGGUCUUACCUGUCAUUUCACCGCAUCUCAGGAUCCAAAGGACGAAAGGUAAAGACGGUGGAAAAUUGAGCUAACUCCCGUGGGGCUAUGAGGAAAUUUAAAAGGCACUGAAAGGAAGUCCAAUACCUUUAUGAAUACCUGUGAUGAUUAAUUAUGCGAGUAGUCACCUGUUGGCCCCACAAGAGAAGAUCAGGUUAGGUUAGGUCGCCCUUGCUUCCCACGCCCUACAGACGCAAAGGAGCACAAAGGAAGAACGAGUACAGGAGAGGAGCUUAACACCUGUGAUGUGAUUAAUUAAGCGAUCAGUCACCUGUUGAAACCGUGAGAGCUCGUUGGGUUAGGGUAACCCUUGCUGCUACACCCCAGCAGGAGACACAAAGGAACAUAACGGAAGAACAAAUACCUGAAAUAACCUCAGCCAAGUAAUUAACAAUAACAGUUUAUUUCCCCGCAAAAUUAACGCUUUUUUUUUAUUUUAUUUUUUUUUAUCUUGAUCUUCACUUUGAAUCAACAGUGAAAUUAGUGAAAUGGACGAAUCUAAACUUAACCUAACCUAACCUAACGCUAAUAUUACUUCUAUACUACCCCAAAUACCAAUUACCACAGACUUGUUGACCACCACGAGUCUGCAUGUGGUGAGCUACACUGUGCCGCGCGUGUUGCUCUCUUCUUUAGCCAAGUCGUCUGUUGAACAUUUCCUUCUCGCUGUGCAUGUGAGUGUAUUAAGAGAGUGGGGGAGUACAUAUGUGACUAGACGGUGAUAGUGAUUGAGAAGGAGAAUGAAAGGAGUUGAAGGAGGACAAUAAAAGUGGGAAGAAGAGGAAGAAGAGGAGGAGAUGAAGAUGAAAAGCAACAAUAACAACAAAUAAGCAAAGAAAGAAAAGAAAGAACGAAACCGUAGAAAAACAAAGAAAAAUAACAAAGAGGAAUGCUCAGAAAAUGACUUAUAAAAUACACGUCUCUCUACUGACAGCCUCACUUGUCAGUAGAGAGACAUACAUACAUACUGAAACACACCCAGGAAAACAAUUAUCCUACAAACGAUCCUCUCCUCUUAGUUCACGACACGCAUCACCAGACACUCGAAUACGUGAAAAGACUCGGCUCCCAUACCUAGUGAGAAAGAAUUCAUUAGCGUGCGAAGUGACACAGAUGAAGAGCGCCAAGCCAGUGCCGGACGUAUGAUGGGAGGAAAAAAGGUUUAGAUUUCCAUUACCAGGUGAAAAUUAAUUUGCUUCACCUGAGGAAAUCUUACAGGUGAAUCAGUGCCAAUAAAAUUCCACUUGAAAAUAUAGAAUAAGAAAAAAUAAAUAAAAUUCGAUAUCGGCUGUGGAGUAAUCAAUAUUUUCACCUCAGGAAAAUCUGCAGGUGGACAAGUGCCAAUAGAGUACCAAUAGUGUCAAUUACACGCCAUAGUGCCAAGGACGCAAUGCCAGUGAGUGCCACGAUGGAGCUGAAGUGCACUGAUGUUAAGAGUGUGAGUAGAAUAUAUUGUGUGAGUGUGUAUUGUUUAUAUUUACAAAGAAAACGGGAAAUCAGUAACAUUUUCUAUACAGUG